AUGUCCAAGAUCAUCCAAGAAGACAGGACUACAUCUAGAUCCAAGCUCAUGAGUAAGGUUUCUCUGGGCCAUUGUGCAAGGAAGGACUACCUCAGCACUGGAGCCACGGAGCUGUGGCAGAUCCUUCUACAGAGUAUUAUCUGGGUGAUUAUAGUUGAUGCUGUGAUCCUGACCAUUUACACUGAGGUGGUGGGUGUGCAGAACAAAGCCUCCUGCCGACUCACCUUGGACUUGCAGAGUAAGAAACAGACAUGUGGAAUUAUACAUCAGAUGAAAGGUGAUUAUGAUACUGCACUGAAACUCCACAAGACCCACCUAUGCAUCGCCCAGGAGUUGAGUGAUUAUGCUGCCCAGGGCCGUGCCUAUGGGAACAUGGGCAAUGCCUACAAUGCUCUGGGCAUGUACGACCAGGCGGUGAAGUACCACCGGCAAGAGCUGCAGAUCUCCAUGGAAGUGAAUGACCGUGCCUCACAGGCAUCUACACAUGGGAACCUUGCUGUGGCCUACCAGGCCCUGGGAGCCCAUGACCGGGCCCUGCAGCACUAUCAGAACCACCUGAACAUUGCCCGGGAGCUGCGUGACAUCCAGAGUGAGGCCCGGGCCCUCAGCAACCUGGGCAACUUCCACUGCUCUCGGGGGGAAUAUGUCCAAGCUGCCCCCUAUUAUGAACAGUACCUCCGGCUUUCUCCAGACCUUCAAGACAUGGAAGGAGAAGGAAAGGUCUGCCACAAUCUUGGCUAUGCCCAUUACUGCCUUGGAAAUUACCAGGAGGCAGUGAAGUACUAUGAGCAGGAUUUGGCACUGGCCAAAGACCUUCAUGACAAAUUGAGCCAAGCAAAAGCUUACUGCAACUUGGGCCUGGCAUUCAAGGCUCUGCUGAACUUCAACAAAGCUGAAGAGUGUCAAAAGUACCUGCUGUCCCUAGCUCAGUCCCUGAAUAAUUCCCAGGCUAAAUUCAGAGCGCUAGGGAACCUGGGCGAUAUAUUCAUCUGUAAAAAAGAUAUAAACGGUGCAAUAAAAUUCUAUGAGCAGCAGCUGGGCUUAGCUCACCAUGUAAAGGACAGAAGACUGGAGGCCAGUGCAUAUGCAGCCUUGGGCAAUGCAUACCGAAUGAUCCAGAAAUAUGACAAGGCCUUGGGUUAUCACACGCAGGAACUGGAAGUAUAUCAGGAGCUGAGUGACUUGCCGGGGGAGUGCAGAGCUCACGGGCACCUGGCUGCUGUCUACAUGGCCCUUGGGAAAUACACAAUGGCAUUCAAAUGUUAUGAAGAGCAGCUGGAUCUGGGGCAGAAGCUGAAGGAUCCAAGUCUAGAAGCCCAGGUCUAUGGCAACAUGGGUAUCACAAAGAUGAACAUGAAUGUGAUGGAAGAAGCCAUUGGCUACUUCGAGCAGCAGUUGGCCAUGCUGCAGCAGCUAAGUGGAAACGAGUCUGUGCUUGACAGGGGCCGGGCCUACGGCAAUCUGGGGGAUUGCUAUGAGGCCCUGGGUGAUUAUGAAGAAGCUAUUAAGUACUAUGAACAAUAUUUAUCUGUUGCCCAGAGUCUGAAUCGCAUGCAAGAUCAAGCCAAGGCUUACCGGGGCCUAGGAAAUGGACACAGGGCAAUGGGGAGCUUGCAGCAAGCCCUUGUGUGCUUUGAAAAGAGGCUCGUGGUUACCCAUGAGCUCGGGGAGGCCUUUAAUAAAGCCCAGGCCUAUGGAGAACUGGGAAGUCUACACAGCCAAUUAGGGAAUUACGAACAAGCCAUUUCCUGCCUUGAACGCCAGCUGAACAUUGCUAGGGAGAUGAAAGACCGGUCUCUGGAAAGUGACGCGGCCUGUGGCCUGGGGGGAGUUUACCAGCAGAUGGGGGAAUAUGAUACAGCCCUGCAGUACCACCAGCUCGAUUUGCAGAUUGCAGAGGAAACCAACAACCCCACAUGCCAGGGCCGAGCCUAUGGCAACCUGGGUCUGACAUACGAAUCUCUGGGCACCUUCGAGAGGGCUGUGGUCUAUCAAGAACAGCACUUGAGCAUCGCUGCCCAGAUGAAUGACUUGGUGGCCAAGACAGUGUCAUAUAGUAGCCUCGGAAGGACCCAUCAUGCUUUGCAGAACUAUUCCCAGGCGGUCAUGUACUUACAGGAAGGUUUAAGGUUAGCUGAGCAACUAGGCCGAAGAGAAGAUGAAGCCAAAAUUCGCCAUGGUCUUGGCCUCUCCCUUUGGGCUAGUGGGAACCUGGAGGAGGCUCAACACCAGCUCUAUAGGGCGUCGGCCUUGUUUGAAACAAUCCGGCAUGAGGCGCAGCUGAGCACGGACUACAAACUCUCCCUCUUUGAUCUGCAGACGUCAUCCUACCAGGCCUUGCAGCGGGUGCUUGUCAGCCUAGGCCACCAUGAUGAGGCCCUGGCUGUGGCAGAAAGAGGACGGACAAGGGCAUUUGCCGAUCUUCUUGUAGAACGACAAACAGGACAACAGGACUCUGACCCCUACUCUCCAGUCACUAUUGAUCAGAUCUUAGAGAUGGUUAAUGGCCAGAGGGGACUAGUACUUUACUAUUCUCUGGCCGCGGGCUACCUGUAUAGCUGGCUGCUUGCUCCUGGGGCAGGAAUUCUGAAGUUUCAUGAAUACUACUUGGGUGACAACACAAUGGAAAAUGCCAGUGACUUCCAGGCUGGCAGCAGUGCAGUUCUUCCAACAGCCACCAGCUCGGCCCUGGAGCAGCACAUCACCAGUGUGCGGGAGGCCCUGGGGGUGGAGUCUUACUAUUCGAGGGCCUGUGCCAGCAGCGAGACAGAGAGUGAAGCCGGAGACAUCAUGGACCAGCAGUUUGAAGAGAUGAACAACAAGCUCAACUCAGUGACUGACCCCACCGGCUUCCUUCGCAUGGUUCGCCGCAAUAACCUCUUCAACAGGAGCUGCCAGAGCAUGACAAGCUUGGUCAGCAGCGCCAUGUCACCCACCAAGGAUGGGACCUCCUCUCUUCCCAGGAGGCAGAGCUCGUUGGCCAGGCCCCCACUCCGUGUUCUGUACGACCUGCUCAUAGCGCCCAUGGAAGGGGGCCUGAUGCACUCCAGUGGUCCCGUGGGCCGGCACCGGCAGCUGGUCCUGGUUCUGGAGGGGGAGCUCUACCUCAUCCCUUUUGCCCUCCUGAAAGGAAGCUCCUCCAACGAGUACCUGUAUGAGCGCUUCGCCCUCAUCGCUGUCCCUUCCAUCCGCGUGCUCGGCCCGCAGGCCAAGUCUCACCUGAGGAAGACCCCGUCAACCUACUCCAACCCCACGUCCAUGGCAGCUGUCAUUGGUAACCCGAAGCUCCCGUCAGCAGUGAUGGACAGGUGGCUGUGGGGGCCGAUGCCAUCCGCCGAGGAGGAAGCCUACAUGGUGUCAGAGCUGCUGGGCUGUCAGCCCCUGGUGGGCAGCGUGGCCACCAAAGAGCGAGUCAUGAGUGCCCUGACCCAGGCUGAAUGCAUCCACUUUGCCACCCACAUCUCUUGGAAACUGUCGGCCUUGGUCCUCACACCCAGUGUGGACGGCAACCCUGCCAGCAGCAAGAGCUCCUUCGGCCACCCCUACACAAUCCCUGAGUCCCUGCGGGUGCAAGAUGACACCAGUGACGGGGAGAGCAUUUCGGACUGCCCGCCCCUGCAGGAGCUGCUGCUCACGGCCGCCGACAUCCUGGACCUGCGGCUUCCUGCAAAGCUGGUGGUCCUGGGCUCCUGUCAGGAGUCUAACAGCAGAGUCACAGCUGACGGGGUCAUCGCACUGACACGGGCCUUCCUGGCUGCUGGUGCACAGUGUGUCCUCGUGUCUCUCUGGCCUGUGCCCGUGGCUGCUUCCAAGAUGUUUCUCCACACCUUCUACUCAUCACUGCUGAACAGCCUGAAAGCCAGCGCAGCCCUGGGGGAGGCCAUGAAGGUGGUACAGAGCAGCAAGGCCUUCUCGCACCCCUCCAACUGGGCAGGGUUCAUGCUCAUCGGGAGUGACGUGAAGCUGAACAGCCCCUCCUCGCUCGUGGGCCAGGCCCUCACUGAGGUCCUGCAGCACCCGGAGCGUGCCCGGGACGCCCUGCGAGUGCUGCUGCACCUGGUGGAGAAGUCCCUGCAGCGCAUUCAGAAUGGGCAGCGCAACGCCAUGUACACGUCCCAGCAGAGUGUGGAGAACAAAGUGGGUGGCAUCCCAGGCUGGCAGGCCCUCCUCACCGCUGUGGGCUUCCGGCUGGACCCCCCAGCCAGUGGCCUGCCGGCAGCUGUCUUCUUCCCAACUUCUGACCCAGGCGACCGGCUCCAGCAGUGCAGCAGCACCAUCCAGUCCCUGCUGGGUCUUCCCAACCCUGCCCUCCAAGCCCUCUGCAAGCUCAUCACCGCCUCGGAGACAGGCGAGCAGCUCAUCAGCCGGGCUGUUAAAAAUAUGGUUGGAAUGCUCCACCAGGUGCUGGUCCAGCUGCAGGCCUGUGAGAAGGAGCAGGAUUUUGCAUCGGCUCCCAUCCAAGUCUCCAUCAGCGUCCAGCUAUGGCGGCUCCCGGGAUGUCACGAAUUCCUGGCGGCUCUAGGUUUUGAUCUCUGUGAAGUUGGCCAGGAGGAGGUAAUCCUGAAAACCGGGAAACAAGCCAGUCGAAGAACCAUGCACUUUGCACUCCAGUCCCUGCUUGCCCUUUUCGAUUCUACUGAGCUGCCCAAGCGCCUCAGCCUUGACAGCUCGUCUUCCCUGGAGUCCCUGGCCUCAGCCCAGUCUGUCUCCAAUGCCCUGCCCUUGGGCUACCAGCACCCUCCCUUCUCGCCCACUGGUGCUGACAGCAUCGCCUCGGACGCCAUCUCUGUGUACAGUCUGAGCUCCAUUGCCUCCUCAAUGAGCUUUGUCUCGAAGCCUGAGGGUGGGUCAGAAGGCGGAGGCGCCCGAGGAAGGCAGGACUAUGACAGGUCCAAGAAUGCUUACCCACAGCGAUCCACCCUGCCUCGGAGCCAGCUGUCCCCCCAGACCCGCCCUGCAGGGAGCAAAGACGAAGAAGAAUAUGAAGGGUUUUCCAUCAUCAGCACUGAGCCUCUGGCAGCCUACCAAGAAAACAGAAAGAUGUGCUUCUCACCAGAUCACAAACAGUCUCGAGCUGGGACAGCGGGAGGUGUGAAAGUUUCGAUAAGCUCCAAGGGGAGCAUUAGCACGCCAAAUUCUCCAGUUAAAAUGACUCUUAUUCCCAGCCCAAACUCACCUUUCCAAAAGGUUGGAAAACUAGCAAGUUCAGAUACAGGAGAAUCAGACCAGUCUAGCACAGAAACAGAUAGCACCGUGAAAUCCCAAGAAGAAAGCAAUCCAAAGCUUGAUCCACAAGAGUUGGCCCAGAAAAUUCUGGAGGAGACACAAAGUCAUCUUAUUGCAGUGGAGCGUCUUCAGAGGGUCGGCAGUCAGACGAGCAAGAGUAACAACCCAGAAGAUGGCAUUUCUAUGCCCAGUAAUGCUGCCGUCUUCAGAGCAUCAGAAACAAGUGCGUUCAGCAGGCCAACCCUCUCCCAUCAGAAGAGUCAGCCCUCGCCGAUUACCGUUAAACCAAAGCCCCCAGCCAGAAGCUCAUCCCUACCCAAGGUGAGUUCAGGAUAUAGCAGCCCCACCACCUCGGAGGUGUCCACUAAAGACAGCCCCAGUCAGCACAGCGGCAGGCCGUCCCCUGGCUCUGACUCCCAGACUUCCCUGACUGACCAGCCUCUCUUUAAGCUGAAGUACCCCAGCUCUCCCUACAGCGCCCACAUUUCCAAGUCCCCGAGGAACAUAUCUCCAAGCUCAGGCCAUCACUCUCCUGCUGGAAGCGCACCGUCCCCAGCUCUCUCCUAUUCCUCCGCUGGUUCUGCUCGCUCGAGUCCAGCUGACGCUCCCGACAUAGACAAACUGAAAAUGGCAGCCAUUGAUGAAAAGGUGCAGGCUGUGCACAACCUGAAGAUGUUCUGGCAGAGCACACCCCAGCAUUCCACAGGACCCAUGAAAAUAUUCCGGGGGACCCCUGGCACCAUGACUUCCAAAAGAGAUGUCCUCAGUCUAUUAAAUCUGUCACCUCGGCACAACAAGAAGGAGGAAGGAGUAGACAAGCUUGAACUCAAGGAGCUGUCUUUGCAACAACAUGGAGAAACACCCCCAAAAGCCCCUCCCAACGGACACUGGCGCAGUGAGACCGCCACACUGAGCACGCUGCCACCGCCCGCCGGCCCUGCUGCAGCCCCCACUCGCCCUGUGAGACUUCCUUCCGGAAAUGGCUACAAAUUUCUGUCCCCAGGAAGAUUUUUUCCUUCCUCGAAAUGCUAA